AUGCCGGGCGUAGCGUUACCGCCAAUGACGACGCGCCAGGCCAAACGAGCUGCGAGGAAAAGUACCGCUCAAUUCAAAUAUUCCGCAUCUCAGAUGCGGAGGGCUGAUCGUAUCGAUGAACUUGAGGAGCGUCGCAAGAACCUUGAGGACAAGGAUCGCAAGCGUAAGUUGAACCAGCGCAAGCGUGAUGAGCAAGCGAUCAAGGAUCGCGAAGCACAGCGGAAGCUUCUCACCGAAGGGAAGAUAUCUGUUGAGGACACCUGGGGAAAGGUGACCGCCAGCCAACCAAGACUUAAUACCUUCUUCACUAAGAAGAUCAGUGGAAACCGACAAUCUGUUCUCAAUGAAUCGGCAAACGUCGAGAACAAGGCGAACGGCCUUGCAUCGAACAAUGACGAAGCUGUCGACAAAGCUUUUGAUUCGCAGGACACACUGGUGGCCAGGGGGGACGUACCGCAUGGUGUAGCUCUGCCGAUACUUGAUGAGGUAUCGGAUGCUGACCUGCUCAAAUUGCUGCCAUCGCCAUCGCCGCCGGGGAAACUUACUCCCGCACAACUUUUGUUGUCAUGCGAAAUUUCGCAACACAAAACCACGGUACCUCGUUCAGCGGUAUCUUUGUCAUCACCAUCUGCAACUCCUGACAAGAUGUCGUCCAGAAAGCGUAAGCAGCGCCCUUCCUCGUCGCCCGAGUCAACCCCAGAGCGGGCCCUGAUCAACCCUGCAGCUCGCCAGCCGUCUUUUGAGAUAUUCGAAGACAACGCUGAAGCCACAGAGCCUCUGCAGCCGCAGAUUGCUUCAUACUACGACACCGCUCGCUCUAACGACGACGGCAACAUUCCUACUACUGUGGAUGAGCCUCGCGUUGCGCUAGCCGUCCUCAGUGAUGACCAGCUGGAGGAACGCGACGAUCGCAUCGCUUCCGGACUAGACUUGGCCACACCUCCGGCUCGCAACCAACAGCAUCAGAUCACAACAUUUCAAGACCACAUUGGCGCCGACGACGAGAGCGAGAAUGACGAGAACCAAGAGAAUCAAGAGAAUCAAGGCCACAUCAACCAAGAUGCAACCCCUGCCGAUGCCGCAAAUGCCGGUACCACAGAAGCCCAAGCCCUCGUCCCUAGAACCCGGCGCGGGGCGAACAGUCCUUUCGAAGCCGAGACUGCUCGCAACAUCCCACUCGUCCGACGACCUGCACCUGGUCCCGACCCUAUGCACCGCCGUACAAUCAACAACGAUGACCACUUCUACGAUCUCAACGAUUUCGACACUAGUUUCGCCGAUGACCACGCCGAGAACAACCCUUCCGGCACUGCCCAUACCACCACCGACUACGGCGAUGACGGUAUCCCCGACGAGAUGCUGGCUGCAGUCCUGUCUCCCGCGCAGCAGCAGAACGCUGCGCCGCGAAGAUUCGGACCCAGGCCAAUCAUCCCCUUCCUCGUUCCCGCGCGGGACGACAGCCCCGACCACCCGGCCUCGACCAGUGAGUCUUCGGACUCGAUCUCCGACCAAGAUCUGCUGGCCGCCGAGCGCCGCCUCGUCGAGGCGCAAGCACAAGCACAAGCACAACCCCCGGUCCGCGGUCCCCGUGGCACCCGCGACUCGAGCACCCCGACGCGGCGGUCGCCCCGGUCGUCGGGCCACAGCUUGAUCGCGGCGACAGAGGCGUAUGAGAGAGGUGAAGACGAGGAGGACGAGGACGAGGUGAAUGGGGACGAGGUGAAUGGGGACGAGGUGAAUGGGGACGAGGUGAAGAAGGACGAGUUCUUCGAUGAGGCUUAG